AUGGGCACAGACAAUGCAACCCGUCACCAGGAUUUUCUCCUGCUGGGCUUUCCUGGGUCCCAGGUCCUUCAGCUAUCUCUCUUUAUGCUUUUUCUGGUAAUGUACAUUCUCACAGUGGGUGGGAACAUGGCUAUCUUGAUGCUGGUGAGUACCUCCCACCAGCUACAUACCCCGAUGUACUUCUUUCUGAGCAACCUUUCUUUCUUGGAGAUCUGGUAUACCACAGCUGCAGUCCCCAAAGCCCUGGCCAUCCUUCUGGGGAGAAGCCAAACCAUAACAUUCACUGGCUGCCUUUUGCAGAUGUACCUUGUUUUCUCAUUGGGCUGCACAGAGUACUUCCUCCUGGCAGCCAUGGCUUACGACCGCUAUCUGGCUAUCUGCUAUCCUCUACACUAUGGGGCCAUCAUGAGUAGCCUGCUCUCAGCACAGCUAGCCCUGGGAUCAUGGCUGUGCGGUUUUCUGGCCAUUUCAGUGCCCACAGCUCUCAUCAGCACCCUGUCCUUCUGUGGUUCCCGCACUAUCAACCACUUCUUCUGUGACAUUGCACCCUGGAUCACCCUGGCUUGCACCAGCACACAGGCCGUGGAACUCGUGGCCUUUGUGAUUGCUUUUGUGGUCAUCCUGAGUUCAUGCCUCAUCACCUUGGUCUCCUACAUCUAUAUCAUCAGCACAAUUCUCAGGAUCCCUUCGGCCAGCAGCAGGAGCAAAGCCUUCUCCACAUGCUCUUCACAUCUCACUGUGGUGCUCAUCUGGUAUGGGUCCACCAUCUUUCUUCAUGUCCGCCUCUCCAUCAAAGAGUCCUUGGACCUGACCAAAGCCAUUCAUGUCCUGAACACUGUGGUGACUCCAGUUCUAAAUCCCUUCAUCUACACUCUCCGUAAUAAAGAAGUAAGGGAAACUCUGCUGAAGAAGUGGAAGGGGAAUUAA